GAGCGUGCAGCGACAUGAUAAAUGUAGUCCUAAAAUAUAAAUGUAAAGCAAACAUAUUUUUUUUUAUGGAAGAUAUUAUAUCUGAAUGGUUUUCGUAUCCACCGGAAAUAAUAUAUUAUCGGCGAAAAACACAUUGAUUUUUUCAAACGAGUUUCUCGUUUACUAACAUCGUUGGGUGUGACCAUCCAAUCAUCUUUGUCCAAAUCUUCUCGCGGUUCGAGUUCAAAAGACACAGAGCAACCAGCAUGAAAAGGACAACGACCCAGUCCAGUGUUGUUUAACUUUCACAAAAGAAUAUACAUAUUUUAUCAAGAAAGUUGUUGAAGAAAAAAUAUAUAUCUAGCACGCUAGCUAGCUGACUUACAGAACCAAAAUGGCAGAAGGUGGAGAGGCAGACUGGGAACUUUGCAAAGAGAACAUCCAGCCCUUGAAGAAAGGUCGGGCCAUAUCAGUUUUACACCAGGCACUCAGUCAACAGCAAGAGGGUUCGAGCUCUGCCACCAACCAACACAAACAGGCUUUUGAGUCUGAACUGAGAGUGUAUGAUGGAGAUGACCCCCUUGAUGUUUGGGAUCGGUAUGUUAAAUGGACAGAGCAGACCUAUCCACAGGGAGGAAAGGAGAGUAAUCUUAAUGUGCUUUUGGAGAGAGCUGUGAUGUGCUUUACAGAAGAAAAUAAAUAUCACAAUGACAGCCGUUAUGUUGACCUAUGGAUCAAAUUUGCAGAGAGCGGUCACGAGCCUUUGGAUAUCUACAGAUAUAUGCGAGCCCAGGGAAUAGGAGUACAACAGGCUUCCUUCUACAUUGCCUGGUCUGAGGAGUAUGAGCAUCAGGGUAACUCUCGAACAGCAGACAGUGUCUACCAGGAGGGCUUCAAGCGUGGGGCUGAACCUCUGGAGAAACUCCUGCAGUUCCACAAGGCUUUGCAGGCGCGUGUGUCCCGGCAGGUGAUGUCUGGAAUGGUGAAUGACGAGGAGGAGGAAGCUGAGGCAGCAAAGCCUGAGCGGGUUUCUCUGGUGGAUCUAAAACACAGGGGGAAGAAAAAGGCUGUUGCACCCAUUAGUAGAGUUGGUGCAGCACUAAGCAAUGGUAAUUCACGAAGCCUACAGUUACAAGGCCCACCAGCUCUGGCCAGCAGUGGUCAAAACAGUUGCCUUGUGAUCUUUGAUGAGAACAAGGCUGUCAGCGCUGAGCCCUCUGAACCAAAAUUGGAAUCUUGGAUGGCCCCACCCCCAUCGAGAUUCAAGGAGAACGAGCAGAGGCCUGAGAAAUGGAGCGACGUAAAGAUGCCAAUGAAGUCCAGGUUUGGUCACAGUGUUGUGGCUCUGCCCAGCAAGCCAAACUUCCAGCCCUUUGUGGAGGAGUCGGAUCAGCCUCCAGCUAUGACACCGUGUAAGAUCAACCCAGCGGUGAAUUCAGUGUUGUCUGCGCGGAAGCCCUGCGGGGAUGAGACUCCUCUGAAGAGACUGCAGCAACAGCAGCAGGAAGAGGGGAAAGCUCUGGAGCAGAGCAUGUACUGCAAAAAGCUGCUACUCAGUGGCGCCUCCGAGUUCUGCUUUGAGGAACUGCGGGCUGAGCGCUACCGACAGAAGAAGGCCUUGGAGUCAGGGGGCAGUGGCAAGGAAGAGCAAGCGGGCUCUGGUCUUCCAAACUGACACAUUUCAACAAGGACAUGUUCAGUGUUUUAUUAUUAGGUAGGAGACUAUCAGUGUCAUCAUGUAUGUAUUUUAGAGUUUGUGUAUAUAAAAAGUUUCAAACUUG